GCUCGGAGCUGCAGCAUGCCGCCGUUCCACGCGCUCUGCGCCGCGGUCUCCGCCACGGCGGUCGUGGUGAUGCUCACGGCGUCGGUCGUCGGUGCCCGGGAGCAAGGUGACACUGUCGAGGUCGGGGAGCGGGUGUUGGUGCGACUCAACGUGGCAGGGGAGGGCGGCGGGGUGGUGCUCUUCAUGAUGUGCGACAACAAAGCCUGCGGCAAGGUGGAGUGGUGGAGCGUCGAACCCUACAAGGAGCCCGCCAUCCGCUACAAGUCCUUUGUGAACUGUGACAGCGACGGUUGGGGCGGAACGCGAGUCGAUGGUAACGUUAACAAGGACAGCGACGUCAACAAGCAGUUUCCGGCUUCCACUCAGCUCCUCGUGACCCGGACCUCCGACGCGCUCCUCACCGUCCAGCUGUUCAACGGCCGCACCGCGAUGUCGGCUACUAAAGUGGCUCUCUCCAAAACCAUGAACCGGCUGUACAUCAAGAAACACCGGGAACUGCUCCUCUCCCGCGCCAACAUGACAUUCGAAUUCCUCGGUGCGUGCUGUGCUGAGCCUGCAAGUUGUAACGAAUUUUCUGCUCGAUUUCAGGGCCACUUUGUUUGUGUUGUCCCCCGCAGACCUCUACGAGUUCGACUCGUCCAUGUGCGCCAACGGAGGUGUGUUCGUCACAGAGACGAACUCUUGCGAGUGCGCGCACGGCUUCCACGGGUCGAACUGCGAGACAGACUUGCUUUCCACACGGGGUGCGGCCCGGACCGCUACGGCCGCAGCUGUAGCAGCAAGUGCUCCGGGAACGGCCGGGGCUGUAGGGGAGGCCUCUUCAAGGACGUCCGGCAGGUGGGCUCCAAGGUCUGCGGCACGGGGUUGCACGGCCACGUCUGCGAUCAGGUGUGCAGCCCCGGGCUGUACGGCCCCGGCUGCACCCUGAGCUGCGGCCAGUGCGACCCCGACCCCGGGCAGUGCGACCCGUACACCGGCCAGUGCCCGGCGGGCUGCCGGCCCGGCUACCAAGGGUCAUCCUGCCAACGCGAGCUCACCCACCUCACCGUGGGCCCCGACAUCGCCAACGUCACCGACACCUCGAUCAGCGGCACCUUCACGCCGUCGGCGGACAACGUGCAGGGUUCCGGCACCGUCUCGUACUACGACGUGCAGUACAGGGAAGUGAACGCGGCGGGGCUCGGCGCUGGCAACUGGGUCUCACGAGUGCUGGUGGAGCGCCUGCGGAGCAGCUGGUCGGCGUCGCCCGAGGCGUCGCCCCCCGAGGUACACAACUUCGUCGUUAGAGGACUGCGUCCUGGAGUCGAGCACGAGCUGCGGGUCGUCCUGCUCGACAACGCACUGAGAGGCUACGAGGCCGUGCCGCGAGUCCGCGUCAGCACCACUGGGACUCGUCGCAUAUCCGACAUCACUGUGUACAACGUGACGGCGCGCGCGGCUAACAUCUCGUGGUCCAAUCCCGUCGGCGACGCCGUCCUUGUGCGAUACGAGUGCGUCAAGUGGCUAGCGUGCUUCGAGGACUGCUUCCGGUCGUCAAACAUGUUUAUCAUCGGCGAGCUCGAGAACCGCACGACUGCGAGCAUCGAAGGGCUGCUGCCCGGGGCGACCUAUCGGGUGCUGGUGUCCCCCAAGAACGCUGCCCGCGAACAAGCAGAAUGCACUACUUUUACAACACAAUUCACAGUCCCGGACGCCGUGCCCAAGGCCGUGGUCGAGGUCGACGAGGCAGUGAACAGGUCGGGCGCCGCCGACGCCGACCCGGGGGUGGUCUCGGUGAACGACAUGUCGGCCACCAUUCGCUGGAGGAUGCCGGAGUCCUGCGGUGAUCUGAACGGCCUUGUGACGGGCACACGGUGGCAGCUGUUCCUCCGUGCGGGCGCGUGCACGCAGGGCUGCUCCCCGGUCUUGUCCUCGGGCUUGACGGCGCGCACGGAGCUGGAUCUGGAGGCCCUCGAGCCGAGCACGGCCUACGAGCUCCGACUUUGGCUCUUCAACACCGAGGGCUACAACCCGGAGCGCUACCUAAGCGUGCGCUUCAAUACAGCGGCACCGGCAGCAUAAAGUAAUCACAAUAUCCUGGACAGCAUGAUGUACCAGGUGGCUGAUUCACGCCGCGCACUUCUGUACUUAUGCUGUACCGCAUGCACGAGUGCGGGCGGUUUGCCUACUCGCUCGGCUCGAAAAGCGCCGUGGAUAGGGGCGAUAGGAAAGCCCGCCCGCACUUGUGCAUGCGGUACAAUAUACCUACAGAAGUGCGCGGCGUGAAUCAGCCACCUGGUAUGUUACUUACCAGUGCAUCGUUAUUUUUACCGCUCUCCUGUCGUAUGACAUGUCCCUUAGAAUUGUUUCGA